GCAAAAUAACAUGCAAUUGACAUCUCCACGCGUCGUUACAAGCGUGCCUAGAUGAUUUAUUGAGUGAUUGAACCCAUGGUUAAUCUAAGAUCCGGGGGGACGCCUGACUUAACAAAAGAAUACGUGCCUUCAAGACGGAAAAACGAGAAAACGCCAGAGCAGCAAACACAAGAUCACAGAUCACUGCCAACGCCAAUAACGAAUCGGAAGGCGGCUCCUGGGGCGUUUGAGCCGGACGAAACCAUCGCAGAAGAACAGUCUGACGAGUCCAACGUAUACGAAGACCCGGUUGAAGGCAUCAUCAGUGAGAUGUCAGGCAAUGCGGGGGGCCCAAGUGGCCGGAACGACAAUAGCUCAGCGAGCGAGGAGACUCGCAUGAGACUAGAAAUUGCAAGACUUCAGCAUGAGGUUGAGCGGAUGAAGACCAGUAGGGGUGACCCUGCAGGUGAUGAGAUGGGAGCAGACCUGGCAGAAUACCUCCAACGGAAAGGGAAGACAUCUGUCAUAAUGAAAGUCCUUGAAGAAUUCAGAAGCCAAGUAAGACUCAUCAAAAGACCGAUUGUCCUCACUGGAUCCAUUAACUACCCAAUGUGGAGAGAGGAAAUCCUUUUGGCUGCAGAGCAGUCUGAAACCGAUGAUAUUCUUGAAGGUAAUGGCCUUGGUGAGAAUGCCACUAUGGACAUGCAACGUUUCUGGAAAGAACGCAAUCUUUGGUUAUACAAUUACAUGUGGUCUGCAAUUGCCCCGCAGGCCAAGGCCCAUUUCACUAUACCCAAGGAGUCCAAAUUAUCAGCUUAUGCUCUAUGGACUAUCAUAGAGGAUAACUUUUCCGAGAGGCCUGCUGUACGCAGGACUCGUUUGUUUGAAGAGCUUAUUGGAAUGACCUCCAAAAGCAAAGGAUCUGACAGAGCUUUCAUUGAACGAUUAAUUGCCAUCAGGACUGAUUAUAUCCGCCUGGGAUAUAAGAUUGAAGAUGUCGUGUUUUUCGAUAGAUUACUGACAGGAGUCAAUAGAGGUUGGGCAUCCUUCAUAAAGAAUAGGAUGGACCAGAUCGAUAAGGACAAUUCGAGACCUUUAGAAGAAGACUUCAUGGGGUUAUGCCGUGACAUACUCCUACGCCUUCCUACUGCGGAAAAUAGUAGUACGGAAUCCACGAGAAAUCCUAUCAACAACGCGCAAGAUAAGGAUAAGAAAGCCAAGGACAAAGAGAAAGACAAUGACAAGGACAAGGACACUGAAUCCAAACCUGAACGUAGGGGUAAUGAUGCGAGGACCUGCUAUCAUUGUCAAAAGGUUGGUCAUAUCCAGACUGACUGUUGGAAGAAAUACCCUGAGAAACGUCCUUCGAAUUCGAAUUCCAACACCAAUAGGAACAAGGAUAAAGACAAGGAUGCGGAGAAUACAGGUGCUGCUCCUGUUCACAACGUCAUGGAGCAAGUAUUUUGCAUCAAAGAAAAGGCCUAUGCGAGUGGCCAGACAGGAAAAGAUACCUGGAUCCUAGACUCUGGAUCGGGCGCCCACGCCACACCCCACAGGGAUCUUGUCGUGGCAAAACCUCAGAAGGUGAAAGUGAUGUUGGAAAUGGCAGACGGAACGGUAGUCCCCGCUGCAGCUAUAGGAGAUACGAAGAUUCCAGUGGAAGGGGCGGAUAUGCUGUUAAAUGAUGUCCGCUAUGUCCCAAAGUUAGAAGUGAACCUCAUGAGUAUGGGUAAGCUUGUACGUCAGGGUUAUACCUAUAAGCAGUUGACAUAUGGGAAUAAUCAUGCUAUGUUGAUUAUGUCUCCCGACCGCAUGUUCUCAUUUACAGCAAGAUUAAAUGAGAAUGAUAUCUAUGAGAUGGAAAGGCCGGUUACAUACAGAGACUUGAUCCGGUUUGCUAUGCCCAAUGGUGAUUUUGAACCUGCGAACACAUUACGGGCGAAAGAUGACACAAUAUUGGCACUACCUGAAAGGAAUGAUACAAAGGUUAUAGAACUUACGAUGAUGCAAUGGCAUCAAAAGGCUAGGGCAUCUGAAUCCCGCGGAUAUCACGAAAAUGGCGGCGGAUCCACACCUGGGAAUGAGGAUUAUAGGUCAACGAGCUUUACCGUUUUGCAAGGUCUGUGUCCAAGCAAAAAUGACACGUCCAACCUUCGCACCUAUGACACGAGCUGUCAAGCCGGCAAUGAGAUUCUUCAUCGAUCUGGCAGGGGGUGGAAAAACACUUUUCGACGGGAAUGACACCCCCACUAGGGGGGGUGCAAGUUAUUGGUUGGGUAUAACAGACGAUGCAACCUGUUUAUAUGACGCCGGGUUGAUGGAUCGCGAUUUGGUUGAAAAAGGGGAAAUCAUGAUGGAACAUGUUGGUUCUACAGCGAACAUAGCUGACGGGCUCACCAAGCCACUGGCGAAGCCUGCGUUUGAAGAUUUUGUCAAAAGGAUUGGUUUGAAAGAGAUCAGAA